AUGUCUUCACGGCCGGAUCUCAGGGUAGACGACGAAGUCGGCUUCAUCCGCUUCUACCGCUCCAUCUCAGACAACACCAACACCAACACCAAUACGAACGGAAACAACAACAAUGACACCAUCCGCAUCUUCGACCGCGGCGACUGGUACUCGGCGCACGGGACGGAAGCCGAAUUCAUCGCGCGCACGGUCUACAAGACGACCUCGGUGCUCCGCAACCUGGGCCGCAGCGAGACGGGCGGCCUCCCCUCGGUGACGAUGAGCGUGACGGUGUUCCGCAACUUCCUGCGCGAGGCGCUCUUCCGGCUGAACAAGCGGGUGGAGAUCUGGGCCGCGACGGGCCGUGGGCCGGGCUCGUGGAAGCUCGCCAAGCAGGCCAGCCCCGGCAACCUGCAGGAUGUGGAGGAGGAGCUGGGCAGCGUCGGCGCGUUGAGCCUGGACGCGGCCGCGCCCAUCAUCCUGGCCGUCAAGAUCUCGGCCAAGGCCGGCGAGGCGCGCCACGUCGGCGUGUGUUUCGCGGACGCGAGCGUGCGCGAGCUGGGCGUCAGCGAGUUCUUGGAUAAUGACGUCUACUCGAACUUUGAGUCGUUGGUGAUCCAGCUGGGCGUGAAGGAGUGUCUGGUGCAGAUGGACGCCGGGCGUAAGGAUGUCGAGCUGGCCAAGAUCCGUGCGAUCGCGGAUAGCUGUGGCAUCGCGGUGUCGGAGCGCCCCGCCGGGGAUUUUGGGGUCAAGGAUAUUGAUCAGGAUUUGACAAGGUUGUUGCGGGAUGAGCGGUCCGCGGGGACGCUGCCGCAGACGGAGUUGAAGCUGGCGAUGGGCGCCGCAGCCGCGUUGAUCAAGUACCUCGGGUAUCAGCUGUAUCAGCAUGAUCUGUCGCAGUUCAUGAAGCUCGAUGCGUCGGCCUUGCGCGCGCUGAAUCUCAUGCCCGGUCCGCGGGACGGAUCGAAGUCCAUGAGUUUGUUCGGCCUCUUGAAUCACUGCAAGACCCCCCAGCCGCUCAUGGAUCGCGCGGAGAUCGAGAAGCGGCAGCAGCUGGUGGAGGCCUUUGUGGUGGAUACGGAGGUCCGCCAGACGAUGCAGGAGGAGCACUUGCGGUCGAUCCCGGACUUGUAUCGGCUCGCGAAGCGAUUUCAGCGCAAGCAGGCGACCUUGGAGGAUGUGGUCCGCGUGUACCAGGUUGCGAUUCGUCUGCCGGGGAUUGUUGCUUCGUUGGAGAACAACGAAUACACCCUUAAGCUGCGCGGUUUCUCGGAUAGUCUGGCCAAGCUGGAGGAGAUGGUCGAGACCACCUUCAUCAUCAAGCCGGAGUUUGAUGAGAGCUUGCGCAUCAUCCGCAAGAAGCUGGAUAAGCUGCGACAUGAUAUGAACGUAGAGCACCGUCGGGUCGGACGGGAUCUGGACCAGGAGGUGGAGAAGAAGCUGUUCAUGGAGAAUCACCGUGCUGGUUGCAUCCGUAACAAGAGAGAGUACCAGGAGUGCUCGACGCAGAAGAACGGCGUGUACUUCACCACGUCGACUAUGCAGGCGCUGCGCCGCGAGCAUGACCAGCUUUCUGAGGUGGUCAACGUCGCUGCUUCUUACUGCCCUGUGCUGGAGCAGCUUGGUGGCGUUCUCGCCCACCUGGAUGUUGUGGUGAGCUUUGCGCAUGCCGCCGUUCAUGCUCCCACCCCGUAUGUUCGGCCCAAGAUGCACCCGCGCGGCACGGGAAACACCAUCCUGAAGGAGGCCCGCCAUCCCUGCAUGGAGAUGCAGGAUGACAUCUCGUUCAUCACCAACGAUGUCUCCCUAAUCCGGGACGAGUCGUCCUUCCUCAUCAUCACCGGUCCCAACAUGGGCGGUAAAUCGACCUACAUCCGGCAGAUCGGUGUCAUCGCGCUGAUGGCCCAGACGGGAUGCUUCGUGCCGUGCAGCGAGGCCGAGCUGACCAUCUUUGACUGCAUCCUUGCUCGUGUCGGUGCCAGCGACUCGCAACUGAAGGGCGUCUCGACGUUCAUGGCCGAGAUGCUGGAAACCUCCAACAUCCUCAAGUCCGCGACCUCGGAGUCCCUGAUCAUCAUCGACGAGCUCGGCCGUGGAACGAGCACUUACGACGGGUUCGGUCUGGCGUGGGCGAUUUCCGAGCACAUUGUCACCGAGAUCCGUUGCUUCGGGCUUUUCGCCACCCACUUCCACGAGCUAACAGCCCUGGCCGACCGGUACCCUAAGUCCGCGCAGAACCUGCACGUCGUAGCCUUCAUCGGCGACGGGACCGGCGAGCGUUCCCAAGGCGACGCAAAAGACGCCAAGCGCAACCAGGUCACCCUGCUGUACCGGGUCGAGCCCGGCAUCUGCGACCAGUCCUUCGGUAUCCACGUGGCCGAACUGGUGCGCUUCCCCGAGAAGGUGGUCAACAUGGCGCGGCAGAAGGCGGACGAGCUCGAGGACUUCACCUCUGCAGAGGCUCAAGGUGGUGGCGGCGGCAGCGGCGGCGGCGGCGGCGGCGGCGAGGAGUCGGCCCCGUCCUCCAUCGACAAGUAUUCCCAGGAGGAAGUCGAAGAGGGCAGCGCUCUCCUGAAGGAAAUGCUGCUCAAAUGGAAGGCGGCCGUCGAGUCACCCGGGCAGACCCUUACGGUGGAGGAGAAGCGGCAGAUCAUGCGCGACCUGGUGAAGAGCGAUCCCAAGCUGCAAGCGAACAAAGUGUUUCAGAGCAUCAAGGCUCUGAAUGACAACAUGCUCAUGAGCGAUGGGUUGUUACGGGUAUUUUGGCCAUACGAUCUGCCGCGAUCGUCGUCGCCGGGGGUGAUUGUCGGGUGGAGGAACUCGGAACUGGAUUUGUUCGUCUUGACCGUGCUGGAGGGUGUUGAGUCACGGAAUGUCGACAAUGCCCUUCGCGCAGGCAUCCUCUUUCGCAACAGCCCGCAUCCCAUUGUGCGCAUAUUCACAUUGUGUGGACGAUCUGCGAUGCAUGUUCUAGGCUCGACCAACUCCCCAGACCCGCCUAGUGCGUUCAAUCCGUCGCACCUCUAUGUCACUACGACUCCGGCUUGUAAGGUGCCACGGAUUUGGUGCCCACCGGAGACGAAUCUCUCGGUGCAGGUCAUCAUGUUUCACCGGCCGCAUCCGACUCGCAUGGAGUACAUGUCGCUAGAUCCGAUCUCGUUGGCGCUGGGAGAUAAAGUGGUUGCGGCCGAUCAAUCCGAUGCGGUGUCCAGUCAAAUUGACACCGAGGAGGAACAUGAUAAGGGAAAAGUUGGAAAGUUGGUGGAAAAGCUCAAGCUUCAUACCGUCGUGAAGCAUGUUCCGUCCUCAAAGGAGCAAGCAUUGCCCCUCAUCAUCAACCAAGUCAAUUGCGCCUACGAGAUGGGCAAGCUUAUGGAGAAAAACAGCCAUCUGAUUGGAAUUCGGGUCAAGAGAAGCAUGAGUGUGGGGGAGCGGGUCGUGGAGUCUGCAACUACCCUGUGGGACUUGUUCGUUCUCGGCGUUUCCUACGUCUUCUGGCAGUGGAUAUGGCCUGUGAUCACCCGGAUAUUCGUCGUCGGGCUUGUGUUUCACCGUACCAUCGCAGAAAUCGUCCUACAGAUCCUGGAAUGGCGCGCUCGUCCCGACGCUGCUGCGCUCAAGGAUAUCUCUGCUACCGCUCAGCAGGUUGACAUCCGCCUUCAGCAGUUCUGCUACUGGCCCAUUCAAUAUGUGAAGCUGCGACAAAGGAAAGACAACUGGGAGAGUGUGACGACUAGUCAUCCGGACUAUAUUCGAUUCUACAACAGCCUGUGGCUUGUGGCUAAUGACGUGAUCAUUGGGAUCGCGUUAGGGUCAUACAUCAUAGACAACGCCAACUGGGUCGCCUUCCAGAUCAACUCCAUCUUGACGGGCUGGACAGUGGAGGGACUGCAACGUACCAUAUCCUGGCUGAUGGACUGGCCGGCUGGCUUGAAAUUGAACAAUGAGCUCGCCGCAUUCCUUGGAGAUCUCUUUCUAUGGGUGAUAGAGAAUUGGGCAGGUUGGUUUUUUUUCUCGUUCUCACGACAGACUAGUAAUACUGAUAGGAUGUUUUUAGCUUGCAUUGCCAACCUGCAACCCUAUCUUCCGCACGUUAUCUACGUGGUGGGAUGCUCAAGCUUCGCCGGGGCAAGCAUGCCGAUUGCCCUGUUUUCCGACCUGGUGUCUAUCCUGACUGUCCACAUCUACUCAUUCUACAUUGCGUCGGCGCGGAUAUUCAACUGGCAACUGUCCAUCAUCAUCUCGCUUUUCCACCUCUUCCGCGGCAAGAAGCGAAAUGUGCUUCGCAACCGUAUUGACUCGUGCGAUUAUGAUCUCGAUCAGCUGUUGCUGGGAACCAUACUGUUCACUGUCCUUUUCUUCCUCCUGCCGACCGUAAUCGUCUUUUACUUGGCCUUCGCAAGUGCGCGAAUGUUGAUCAUCUCACUAAAAGCAGCGCUUGACACCUGCCUAGCCUUCUUGAAUCACUUCCCGCUCUUUGCAUUGAUGCUGCGAGUCAAAGACUCGCGGCGAUUGCCUGGCGGGAUUCGCUUUGAACUCCGGCAAGAGCACGACAAGUCUCCUGCAACCGGCAAGUCCACCACUAGCGUACCGUAUAUCCACUUCGAGUCCAUCCCGCUCGCUUUGCGUGCCAUGUUCGACCAGUACUUUCAACUGGGCCAUCGUCUCCGGAAACACUAUCUCGCCCCGCGAGUCAUCUUCUGCCUCGUCACCGGCCGCUUCGUGCCUCCUAUCCACCGUCGCAACCUCUACGGCAUGCAGUACAGCAUGCUCCCGGCGCGCCGGGCUACUAUGAUGGAGGUGUGGUCCAUGUUGACACAACCCCGCAAGACCAGUAGCGGAGGCAGCAGCUCCUCAUCCAUGGGUGGUGGGAUUGGCACGGCGGCGAAUGGAAUCCUGAAGGUUCCGGGGUCAUUCGGACAAGGGGAUCUGCGGAGAAGAGGCCAUCGAUGA